AAUAUUUUGAAAACUAUUUUGGCUGAAAAAUUAUCAAAAAAAUUGUCAUGGACUGGACAUAAGGGGUCAAUGGCAAUCAAAAAUUUUGGAUUUGCCAGUAUUAUAAUAGAUUAUGUAUCAACCACGGAUCAAUGUACAUUAAAUAAUGUAACAAAAAUUCUUCAAGAAUGGUUACGACGCGCAGGCGAUCGAAUUAGUUACGCUGCUAAAAAAAAUAAAGCUCAAAACCAAGCACAAAAUGAAGAUUUAUAAAUGCAAUAGCUGUACAUCAGAUCAACAGAAGCUUUUCGCCAAUUCUGUGAGACAAUCCCAGGGCGACUGACAUAAACCAACAGCAACAGCAUGUUCGUUUAUCUCAGCAAGAAGAUCUCCAUACCAAACAACUUUCGAUUAAACUGCAUAGCAUGGAAUCAGAAGGACGGAUACAUUGCCGUGGGAGGAGAAGAUGGUCUCUUGAAGGUGUUACGAGUAGAUUCCACCGUCAAUGGGUCGUACAGCGGCGGGAAAUCUCGUGGCUUGGCCGCAGCGAGCAACCUGAGCAUGAAUCAGCCGUUGGAGGGUCACAACGGACACGUUCAAGUAGUGACGUGGAACGAGGAGCAUCAGAAGCUGACGUCGAGCGAUCAGAACGGAGUCAUUAUCGUUUGGAUGCUGUAUAAGGGCUCGUGGUACGAGGAGAUGAUAAACAAUCGCAACAAGUCUGUGGUGAGAGGCAUGGCGUGGAGCUGCGACGGAAGAUAUGCAUAGUCUACGAGGAUGGGGCCGUGAUCGUCGGAUCUGUCGACGGCAACAGUUUGAAAAACUGUGAGCUUCAUCUGUACAACAAUCAAGGCGUAUUUCUGACGAAACUGAACAUUCCCUCACAGAAUACCUCCCUGUAUUAGACUAAAUAGUUAUUUGUUAAUAAUUAUUGUGAGAAACAUUAAGAAGAUAUGCUAUCUAUAUUUUAUUAAUUUCCAUUCUUAUUACGAGAAUUAUUUAAUUACUACACAAUAUAAAAAAUAAUCAUCAGUUCUUUCAUCAAGAGAAAAAGAGGGACAGUAAACUAUUUAUUGGAAUACGUUUGUACAUACACGUUUAAAAAACUAUACAGCAAACAUGCGCUUGCUUGAAAUAUUAAAUAAUCGGUUACUACAUCUGCUUGAAAGAAAAAACGUGCACGUUUCACGUGUACAUUUCUAAAUGUAAAACAAGGAUUGAAAAAAUGGGAAAAUGUUAAAAACUGUCAGAAUUAUAAUUCAAUUUACGAGUUGUCGUCAAAAUAAUUUUUAACUUUAACUCAUUCAAAUUUGUUUGUGUGACAUUUCAAUUAUUUAUAUUUACAUUACAGUAUCUUGAUUCGAGAGACGAUUAACU